AUGGAGGAGCUGAACCUCUUCCGAGGCGACAAUGUGUUGAUCAAGGGCAAGAAGCGAAAGGACACAGUGUGCAUCGUCCUGGCUGAUGAGAACUUAGACGACAGCAAGAUUCGCAUGAACAAGGUCGUCCGCAAGAACCUGCGCGUGCGCUUGGGCGACAUCAUUUCGGUUCAUGCCUGUGGUGAUGUGCCAUACGGGAAGCGCAUCCAUGUGCUGCCCCUAGACGACACCAUCGAGGGUAUCACAGGAAACCUCUUCGACACGUACCUGAAACCAUACUUCCUCGAGGCCUACAGGCCCGCACGUCAGGGCGACCUUUUCCUUGUGCGAGGAGGCUUCCGGCCGGUGGAGUUCAAAGUGGUGGGCGUGGACCCCGGCGAGUUCGUGAUUGUGGCACCGGACACCGUGAUCCAUUGUGAAGGUGAGCCUGUGAAACGCGAAGAUGAGGAGCGCCUUGACGAAGUUGGCUACGAUGACAUCGGUGGUUGCAAGAAGGCCAUGGGCCAAAUCCGUGAGAUGAUUGAGCUGCCCUUGCGCCAUCCAACUUUGUUCAAGACAUUGGGAGUGAAGCCUCCCCGAGGAGUGUUGCUGUAUGGGCCUCCUGGCAGCGGUAAGACUCUCAUCGCCCGGGCCAUUGCCAACGAGACCGGAGCUUUCUUCUUUCUGAUCAACGGCCCAGAAAUCAUGUCCAAGAUGGCAGGCGAGGCAGAGUCCAAUCUCCGAAAAGCCUUCGAAGAGGCUGAGAAGAAUUCGCCGGCCAUCAUCUUCAUUGAUGAGAUCGAUUCCAUUGCCCCGAAGCGAGACAAGACUAGUGGCGAGGUGGAGAAGCGCGUGGUGUCUCAGAUGCUGACCCUCAUGGACGGCAUCAAGGGGCGUGGCCAGGUGGUGGUGAUUGCAGCCACCAACCGACCCAACUCCAUUGAUGCAGCCUUGCGCCGCUUCGGCCGAUUCGACCGUGAGUUGGAUAUCGGAGUGCCUGACGACAAUGGCCGGCUGGAGAUUCUGCGAAUUCACACCAAGAACAUGAAGUUGGGCACCGACGUGAAGCUGGAGGAGGUCGCCUCCAACACCCACGGCUUUGUCGGAGCAGACCUGGCGCAGCUUUGCACAGAAGCCGCGCUCACGUGCAUCCGUGAGAAGAUGGACCUCAUCGACUUAGAGGAGGAGACCAUCGAUGCAGAGGUGCUGGACUCCAUGGCAGUGUCUCAAGAGCACUUCAAGUCAGCAAUGGGCACCGUGAAUCCAUCAUCGCUGCGCGAGACAGUAGUAGAAGUGCCGAACAUCAAGUGGGAUGACAUCGGAGGCUUGGAGGACACCAAGCGGUCUUUGCAGGAAACGAUCUUGUAUCCCAUCGACCACCCAGAGAAGUUCGAAAAGUUCGGCAUGCAGCCUUCUAGAGGUGUGCUGUUCUACGGGCCUCCAGGCUGCGGCAAGACGCUCCUGGCCAAGGCAGUCGCCAGUGAGUGCUCUGCCAAUUUCGUUAGCAUCAAGGGCCCGGAGCUUCUGACCAUGUGGUUCGGCGAGUCUGAGGCCAACGUGCGAGAGGUCUUUGAUAAGGCAAGGGCAGCCGCACCGUGUGUUCUCUUCUUCGACGAGCUGGAUUCGGUAGGCACGGCCCGUGGAUCGAGCCAGGGAGACGCAGGAGGUGCUGGCGAUCGUGUCAUGAACCAGCUGCUGACCGAGAUCGACGGCGUCGGUGCGAAGAAGAACGUGUUCUUCAUCGGUGCCACGAACCGGCCUGAGCUGUUGGACGAGGCCUUGCUGCGUCCAGGCCGACUUGAUCAGCUUGUCUACAUCCCGCUGCCCGACCUGCCUGCACGACAAAGCAUCCUGGAGGCUACUCUCAAAAAGUCGCCCAUAGCACCCAAUGUGCCGCUGUCCUUCAUUGCGCAGAAGACUGAAGGCUUCAGUGGAGCAGAUCUGGCAGAGCUGUGCCAACGAGCUGCAAAGGCAGCGGUGCGCGAUGCCAUUGCAGCUGAUGAGCUGCGAGCAGGCGACGACGAUGCCAUGGACACAACUAUGGGCUCCGAGAUCGGGCGCAAGCACUUCGAGGAGGCCUUUGCAGGUGCACGGCGGUCUGUCGCUGGCUCGGACCUCGCAAAGUACGACCAGUUCAGGAAGAACGGUGUGGUCAUCAACUGGCCGGACGAUGUGGGAAUUGGAGCCAGUGCUGCAGCUGCGGACGACGACGACGACCUCUAUGGCUGA